AUGGUGAAUACAGCACAUUGAAUACCAUGGGUUCUAAUGGCAUUUCUCUUCUGAAGUUAUGAUAACCAAAAGGUUCAGUAGGGCUUGGUGAACCAUUGUUGAUAAUGAGAGAUUUGUUAAGACAGAUUGGUGCAAUUUCUGAUCAGAUACUCUCUUCUGUUUAGCAGGUCCAGGGUCACAUGCCUCCUCUCAUGAUCCCAAUUUUUCCACACGACCAGCGGACAUUGGCAGCGGCUGCAGCAGCCCAGCAGGGAUUUCUUUUCCCCCCAGGAAUAACUUAUAAACCCGGUGAUAACUAUCCUGUGCAGUUCAUUCCAUCAACAAUGGCAGCUGCUGCUGCUUCUGGACUCAGCCCUUUACAGCUCCAGCAACUCUAUGCCGCUCAGUUGGCCAGCAUGCAAGUAUCGCCUGGCACCAAGAUGCCUUCCACGCCUCAGCCGCCAAAUACCACAGGGACGCUCUCACCAACUGGGAUGAAAAACGAGAAGAGAGGGACCAGCCCUGUAACUCAAAUUAAGGUAUUGAUUUAG